AUGAAUAUGGCUGGUAAAUAUUUUAACUUAAUUCAAAACUUUCUUCAACAACCUAUUCAUAAAAGUAAUUUUAUGAAAUGUAUAACAAAGUCCCGUUUAAUUUGUGCAGAUGAAGGAAAAGUAAAGAUUGAAAUGGAGGUAACUGAUGAGUUAACAAAUCCAGGUGGAACUUUACAUGGAGGAUGUUCUGCAACUCUUAUUGAUUGUAUUACAACAUUUGCUUGUAUAGCUACACCACAACAAAAACCCGGAGUAUCUGUUGAUAUGACAAUAAGUUAUUUAUCUUCUGCUAAACCUGGUGAUACAAUUAUUCUUGAAGGAAAUGUCUUAAGACUAGGAAAAAGAAUAGCUUUUACAGAAGGUAGUAUUUAUCUUAAAGAAAACAAUAGUUUAAUUGUCAAAGGUUUACAUACAAAGGCAUUUCGCAAUUAG